AUGGCAGGUUACAAGAAGAUAUUGGGAUGUGCCGAAGUGAUAAAGCCGACCAAUUUCAGAUACUGCUGGGUCGACACCUGCUGCAUCGACAAAUCAAGCAGUUCCGAGCUUUCGGAGGCAAUCAAUUCAAUGUAUGACUGGUACGAUCAGUCCAAGCUCUGUAUUAUCCAUUUGAGCGACGUCGACUCACAUGAUUCCCGCCUCACUGUGGAGCAUCAAAUGAAGAAGUCCAGGUGGUUCACCCGGGGAUGGACAUUACAAGAACUCAUUGCAUCAAAUCCGAGGCAUACAAUCUUCUACGACAAAAAUUGGGCCGAGAUUGGGACGAAAGCUGCCAUGAGUGAAUUGAUCGCACGGAUUACCGGCGUUCACAGGUCCUGUCUUCUCCACCACGCCUGUCUUUCCGAGUUCAGUGUCGCGUGCAGGAUGUCCUGGGCGGCGAAAAGGAUGACGACGCGACCUGAAGAUGUGGCCUAUUGCUUACUUGGGAUUUUCCAAAUAAACAUGCCUCUGAUCUACGGCGAGGGCCGGAAAGCAUGCCGACGGCUACAAGAAGAAAUCAUCAAGGAGUCGGAUGAUCAGACCAUAUUUGCCUGGCAACUCAGUGAAGGCGAUCAGUUCAGGUCGUCGUUGGCCCCUGAUGACGGAGAAGUGGGAGUCCUCGCGCAGCACCCUGCAGAGUUUGAGGACAGUGCCCACUUUCAACCGGCGCUGCCGAGGAGUGGCCCUUACAACAUCACCAACAAGGGUUUAUCCAUUCAGUUGCCAAUCUUCUCCAGGGCCGACAGGCAAUUGAUUGCUGUUCUGUCCUGCCACGGUGAUUGGGCAAAGAGAAAGGGUGACAAGGACCCCAAGCGAAGGCAGAUUGCAAUCCCGAUAGUCGAGACGGUGAAAGACAGCAACGUGUACGCUAGAAUCGGCGGGCUGGGCCUUCACAUGAUUGAUGAGGCUCAGGCGCAGUCGGGGAGGCCUUGUGCAAUACAUCUAACCAAGGCGGUUCCAGAAACUCGACGAUGGCCAGAUUUCGAUCUUGUUUUGGACUCUGAUUCCGACUCCUGA